UCCAUCAUCUCACCAAUGAUGAACAAGACCAUCUGCACAAUAAUGAUCGUCGUCCUGACCAUCACCAUGGUUUCGCUUGGAUGCAGCAUGGAGGUGUCCAAGAUCAAGUAUCACAUAGUGAAUCCGAAGGGGUUGGUGAUAGCAGUGCUGGCCCAGUAUGGUGUCAUGCCCCUUGCUGCCUUCUGCUUAGCUAAGGCGUUCCAGCUGUCUAAAAUCCAGGCUGUGGUGGUCCUGAUCUGUGGCUGCUGUCCUGGAGGAAGCCUGUCCAACGGCCUGACCCUGGCUUUGCAGGGAGACAUGAACCUCAGCAUCGUGAUGACUUCCUUCUCCAUGUUGCUGGCUCUGGGUAUGAUGCCUCUGCUGCUAUUCCUCUACAGUCAGGGCUUCCCUGACCUGCAGCAAUACGUGCCUUAUGUCGACAUCAUUGUAUCGCUGUUCCUGCUGCUCAUUCCCUGCGCGGCCGGCAUCAUCACCAACCACUACAGCCCGCGCUGCGCCAAGAUCAUCAAGAAGGUAGGCCUCACUAUAUUGUUGGUUGGUGUUUUGGUGAUCGUCAUCCUUUACCACGUUGCAAGGAGCCCGCCCCUACUGGCCAUCGCUGUCCUGUUGCCCCUCAUAGGCUACACCUUCGGAUAUGUCAUCUCCGCGCUCUUCAACUACAACCAGCCGGAGCGGAGGACUGUUGCCAUGGAAGCGGGCUGUCAGAACAUCCAGCUGGGCUCCACCAUCCUGAAUAUGGCCUUCCCCCAGGGGACGAUCGGGCCUUUGUUUCUGUUCUCCUUGGUCUACGCGGUGAUCCAGCUGAUGGAGGCGUUGGUGCUCAUCGUGGUGUUCAGGUGUCACAGAAGGUUUGCGCUCAAAGCGAAAGAGACGUACAAGCCGGGAACUACCGAGGAAAAGAUGGAAGAGCCCCCUGAAGAGACGGUGUGACGGAUGCAUCUCAAGCGCUUUCUGACCACUGGACAGUCCUCCCUGCAUUACUUAUUACAACCUGAGAUGGAAAACACAUGCAGUGCAACCCCUGGGCAGCCAUCUUUGAGCCUGAGG